GCGCAUGUGCGUGUGUCCCUUUGCAACAACAACCACAUCAUCAUCAUCACCAUCAUCCACUCCAGACAUUGAGGCGGAGAGCCGGAGAAGGAAGAGGAGGAAUUCUCGGAUGCUCUGUGCUGACUUUAUCAACAAGUUCUUAUCGUUUUUUAUUUUAUUUUAUUAGAGCACAGGAGAAAUGGCUGACUGGCUCUCUUUGAACUUUGGAGAUGGAGCUAAGCGCCUUUAAGCUCCAAAUCGCCUCUGGGACUAUUAGUGCAAUCAGUUUUCCCUCUUUUUGUUGUUUAAACUUUGAGCAAAGGCGAAUUUAUGCUCUCUCUUUGUUGUUGUUGAUUUCUAUUCUUAUUUUCUCUCCAAAGCUUGGGAAGGCGCAGACACGUGCACGCGCACCCAAACAUAUAGGAUAACUUCCUAUCUGUGCGGGCGUAAUUUUUUUGAGUCGAAGAGGGGAGGAGGUGAAGAGAAAGAGAGAGGAGGAGGAGGAGGAGGAGGAGGAGGGGGGGUUAUAUCACGCUUUUCUUUGCCUGAGAAAAUUGCCUUGGCGAGAGAGAGGAGUUGAGCUAAUUGUAGCCUAAUCCCUCGCCCAGAGGCGCUCGGGUAGCCCGGAGCGACAUUCUUCUCCUUCGUCCUCAUCGUCAUCAUCCCUUUCUCCCUCUUGUCUUUUUCUUCGGGAUUCUUCUUCUUCUCCCAAUAAACGACAGGAAGACUUUAAUUGAAAGGAGGAGGAGGUGGACUAAGACGGGGGGAAGGAAGGAAGCAAGCUCAUCUCAUCGAUGUUCAAGGAGGGGCGAAGCAUGUCGCGGCUCUCUCUGACCCGGUCUCCGGUCUCCCCCCUGGCCGCCCAGGGCAUCCCUCUGCCGGCGCAGCUCACCAAAGCCAACGCGCCCGUGCACAUCGACGUGGGCGGGCACAUGUACACCAGCAGUCUGGCUACCCUCACCAAAUACCCCGAUUCCAGAAUUAGUCGCCUGUUCAACGGCACCGAGCCCAUCGUGCUGGACAGCUUGAAGCAGCACUACUUCAUAGAUCGCGACGGCGAGAUAUUCCGCUACAUACUCAGCUUCCUCAGGACCAGCAAGUUGUUGCUUCCUGAAGACUUUAAGGACUUCCAGCUGCUGUACGAGGAGGCACGCUACUACCAGCUGACGCCCAUGAUCAAGGAGCUCGAGCGCUGGAAGCAGGAGCGCGAGCAGCGGCGCAUGGCGCAGCCCUGCGACUGCCUGGUGGUGCGCGUCGCGCCCGACCUGGGCGAGCGAAUCACUCUGAGCGGCGAGAAAGUCCUCAUCGAGGAGAUCUUCCCGGAGACGGGAGACGUCAUGUGCAACUCGGUCAACGCCGGGUGGAACCAGGACCCCACCCACGUCAUCCGCUUCCCCUUCAACGGCUACUGCAGGCUCAACUCUGUUCAGGUCCUGGAGCGUCUCUUCCAGAAAGGCUUCAGCGUGGCGGCGUCCUGCGGCGGCGGCGUGGACUCGUCGCAGUUCAGCGAGUACGUGUUGUGCCGCGAGGACCGGCGGUGUCUCUCCAUCAACACGCCCAUCAGGAUAAAACAGGAACCUCUGGACUAGAGCUACGGGGACGGGACCGCCUGGGAGAAAGUCCCCCUCCGCAGACCUUCAUCCACGAAGGCCCAGGCUAACAGAGGCUCGUCUAACCCUCUGUGGGGAAUGUAGACGUAAAUUUGAAAAAAAAAAAAGGUUUGGAAUUCCGGCCAAAGAGCAAACAAACGCGAGCAGCUUACUUGAACUAUUAGGACCACCGGAGCCACCGCCACACAUCUUUUUGGGAGUGUUUUUUUUUUUUUUAAUCGGAAGAGGACGGACACCAUCCCAGUCUUCGUCUCCUUUCUCCAAUAUGAAGGAUGGACACUAUUCGAGCUUGUUGGAAGGGAGCGGCCGCCAGUGGAUUCUCGAUAGGGUUGCUUUUUUGGUUCUUUUGAGUUUUGACACCCAAAUGUUUUCGUUCAACAUAUCUCCAGAAGACUUUAAGUCGCAGUUUUGAUGAAUGUGGGAAAAAAAAAAAGGCACCAAUAGUUUACCAGUAUGUCUCAUCAAACAAGAGGUGUACUCUAAAUGUUUUUGUUUUUUUGCACUUAAUCACUGCCCAUGUUGUCAUCCAGACAUGUCUACAUAUACAUAGGGAUUUUUUUUGGUCCUAUACUCGUAGUAUUUUUAUUUUUUCCUACCAAAAUCCAACCAAUUGCUUAAAAAAAUAACUUUUUUGCACCAACAAAAAUACGUUAUCACCGAAUGAAAAGCAUGAAUGCUUCCAUUUUUUUUUUCAUUUUAAGUAAAACAAAAAAACAAUGAGGAAAUAUAUACAUAAAUCCAUAAUAAAUCCAUAUUCUAAUAAAAUAUCAGUUAAAAAAUGUUAAUAUGAAAUUAAUUAAUUUCAUAAACAAAAGAAAAAAAACUAACUACCUGUGUUAGUGUGGACAACUGAGCAUUGCCUCCUCAAGUCAUUUUGCAGGUACCAAAGCUAACAGGGUGCGUAUUUUAUUGAUUGUACAAAGAUUUUUUUUUCUCAACAGCGUGUUAAAAAAUAAAAUAAAAUCCAAAAGGGUGUGUGCAAUGCUGGCUCUAAUGCUCUUUUGUCCCCCUGGCGGGUCUCUCGCUGCUUAAACGACUGACAGCCACCAACUUUCCGUCUUGUUGAAUUAUUUUUUUCUUUUUCGGUGCAGUUACGCUCUCCACAAAGAAGCGGUCGUGGGCGGGCCGUGUUUUCUCUCCAUCAAAGCGCGGGGCCUGUGUGUCAUGUUCCACAUGCUCUUUGUUGCUUUUCACACACACUGAUGGGAAGGAUUGGAUGUUUGUGGAUACUUUUUCUUUUUUUGUGUGGGCCACCCACAGUCCCAACCAAGCAGUACUGGCUCUUCUCCACACGGGGCACUCUUACAAUGGAAGCACACUUUUCACCGGGACUUUGGAGCUCAGCGUGUUGGGCUCUGGCGCCAGUGGAAAUGAAGACUCCAAAAAGAUGACUUUUUCCUGGGUUCAAUUUUAAGGAUGCUGUUUUCCUCUCCGUGGGGUGUUAUUUAUUUGUUUUGGCAGCAAUAAAAGCACCUACUCGCACCCCUUGGAAUAGUUAGAACCACAUGAAGUCAUGGGCCAGUGCUUGGCAGACCCAAUUAUUCGGAUUCAUGUUUUUACUCUUGAAAAAAUAAGGACAAAAAAAGAAUUCCAAGCAUCACAUUGUGUACAUACAGACUGAAGCGUUUUAAAGGCUGUAAUAAUAAUAUUAAUACUAAUGAUAAUAAUGUAUAUUAUUUAAAGUGUUUAAAAACAAUUAGACUGUGGUAUUCAAGGGCAUGUGUUCAUUUUGCAGUGUCUUCAUUUAACUUUUCUGGUAUAUUUGCGAUAAUAAAAGGAUGUACUGUA